AUGGUGGAAGUAUGGUGGUCCCUUUUGGGGGCAGCUAUUCCAGCUAUUUUUGCAGGGCAGGCCUGGAGGAUUAAGAGAAGGCGGGAUGAGGAGCAGAGAAUUAAGAGUGCAAGAGGCCGAGAAAAGAGCUCAGACGACAUUUUCGUUUGUGAAAGGAUUUGCAUGUCAAAGCGCAUGUUAAAAAAGGUUGGUGCUUUCUCUAAGGAUCCAAUCCCAGAUACUUGUGUCACUGUCUGUGGAGUCUCAGAGCUUGAUGCAUGCACUGAUGCAUGUGCACGGACUGUUUGUGUCAAUCAACAUCAUGUUCCGAACUGGAAUGAUGUUAGUCUUCGAAGAUGUCAAAGUGAAUGUCUUAAGCUCUCUGCAUCUCGUUCUUCCUAUGACAUAAGAACCAACAUUGGAGGUGUUGCUUCAUUAAUUGAAGCGCGUAAUGAAUAUGAUCCAUUGCCAAAAGUAAAACUAGAUACUUGGGUCCCAAAGACCGGUUGCUGUGCAGCAACUGGCAAGAGAAUUGUGUUAGAGAACAAUAUGAUUACUGGAUUCCAAGUUUUGUCAAUUUGA